AAAUCAGCCUUCCCAUUCCAUAUCGGUAUGGAAUUCCAGGAGAAAACAAAGCGAUGGAGCUUCAUCGAUGAAGAAGCAAGCAAAGUCGAGAAACCUACUCUUCUAUGCGUUGUUAACCACCGCCGCUCGAGUGAACGCGAUGAUAUGCAGUUUUCAGCUGUUAGAAUCCCUGCUGCUUCUGCAGCAUCAAGCCCGGUGCGGCCUAUGAGCCCCGAGACGCCGUGGAUGCUAUCACCCGUCCGCACGUCUCCUUCACAACCUCUUCUCUACCAUUGCCUAGUCUCCCUCCAUCGCCAUGAAGGCAGCAUCCUUUCUCUCGCAGUAUCUAAAGACUUCAUAUUCACGGGAACCAAGAGUUGUAGGAUCCGUGCAUGGGCGCGCCCAGAUUGCACGGAAGCGGGUCACAUAAAAGCUAACUCGGGAGAGGUUCGGGCGAUCUUAGCUCGUGGGAGGAUCUUGAUCACUGCCCACGGCGACCACAGAGUUCGCGUGUGGGAUGUUUCGGCCAUGGACAAUUUUCGGCCGAAGAAAAUCGCGACGCUACCCCCGAAGAACUCGUUUUUCAUGUUUCCGAGGAAGAGUUCGUAUCAGAAACAUAAAGACUACAUCUCGUGUCUAGCUUACAACCAUGAAGAGAAGCUCUUGUACACUGGCUCGUGGGACAAAACAGUCAAAGCGUGGAAAAUCCUGGAAAACCGGUGUGUUGAUUCGUUUGUGGCCCAUGAAAGCCACGUUCACGCCAUCGCGAUCAACCAAGAAGAUGGUUGCGUCUUCACCUGCUCCUCAGAUGCUUCGGUGAAGAUAUGGAGGAGGGUUUUCGGCGAGAGCUCGCACAUUCUCACCAUGACACUGAAGUUCCAACUCUCGCCGGUUAAUGCCUUGGCAUUGUCUUCAUCGCCGAGCACGUGUAUCCUCUACUCCGGUUCGUCCGAUGGGCUCAUAAACUUCUGGGAGAAGGAAAAGACCUCGGGGAGGUUCAACCACGGAGGUUUCCUGCAGGGUCACCAUUUCGCCGUUCUAUGCUUAGCUGCCGUAGCAGAUUUGAUCUUCAGCGGCUCCGAAGACGCAACCAUCAGGGUCUGGAGGAGAGAGGAAGGGAACUGCCUUCACACUUGUCUCGCGGUCAUGGAUGGCCAUCACGGACCGGUGAAAUGCUUAGCAGCGACUCUGGAGAGGGAGGCCACAGGGAGGGGCCUGCUGGUUUACAGUGCAAGCUUGGAUCAGACAUUCAAGGUUUGGAGAGUCAAGGUUAAUCCCGCAGAGACGGUGAGUCUGCAACACUCGGCUACGGAGGAUCAGCAGAUGGAUAGUGUGGAUUUUGAGACUAGUCCAGUGUUGUCGCCGUCAUGGGUGGCGAAGAAGCUUCAGGUUUGAUUUAGAAUAAGCCUACUUGAAGAUUGUUGUCUUAACUUUCUAUGUCAUUCCCAUUGUCGAAUUUGGGAUGUCUGCUCUCUGGUUCAAGUCCCGUCCACAUGACUUCGCUUUACAAUUGAUCAGGACCGAUUGAUAGCAUGCUGAUGCAUCACUUUAGAACUUCUAGCCUAAUGUUUAUUUUUCCAUAUGCGUACUUUCAAAAACUGAAACUCGUCUUCUCCUUUCUAG